AUGGACGACGAAACAGUGUGUGAGCUAUUUAUCGAUGCCGAUGUGCUUUUGAAUGGUAAUACUGACAUACAGACGACAAUUAAAAAUUCCCCAGAAUACCAUCAAUAUUGCCCCGAUAACAAACAAUGCUUAAAUAGGGCUGAAGGUAUUGGUGCUUUGAGCGCGUUUUUAUUUACGAAUUUUUAUAAUACAGAAAGCAGUUAUUAUGAACAUUUUAUGAUGUGGUUAGCUCAUAAAUUAUUUAAGAUAGCCAAAAAAAGAAACAAUGAAAACGUAAAUGUAAUGACUUUAAGUUCGGCUUAUGAAAAAUAUUUAGAGACAAAUAUGGGUAAUCUUAGACAAUGGCAUAUUAUAAAUGAUCUAAGGGGUGUGAAAUAUCCUAAUCUUAGGUAUAUGAGUGAAUUGUAUAUGUUACUUAAACGUAUAUGUAAUACAAUUGCAUAUUAUAAAAAAAAUAAUAAAAGACCUGUGAAACUUGGUCAGUAUUCUGCAAAGUGUCUUAAUCAAUAUAGAAACCUUUACAAGACCUUUUCUGGAGAUGAUUCAUAUCUACCUCUAUUGGAAAAAUUAAAAAAAAUAUAUGACGACUUUAAAACUUCUGCUAUUAAGGAUGAUGCUGAUAAAAAAAAAAAUAUAGAAAGUCAUCUUCUAGAACUUACACCAAUGAAAGAAAUAGAUUCACAUUCUACGAAAAAUUUGAAAACACUUGAUUCUAAUGAUCCAAAGGAUCAAUUGCAAUCUGAGAAGACUUCAGAAAUUCCGGAAGAAAAGAACACUCUAGAGGAGCCAAAAGAUCCUAAAGUCAAAGGGAAGAGUAUUGAGCAACCCACCAAGCUAAAAAGUACAGUGGAUCAAACAUCAAACCAAAGAGAAGAACCAUCAUUUUCAGAAGUUGAAUUAAAAAUACCAGGAAAUGAACAAGAAAAUAAUAGAGAAUCCCAAGGAAUGUCUAUAGAACCAACAAAAGAAAGUUUAUCAACGAAAUUGAAAGAUCAAGCACAACCUCAAGAAAUAUCUCAAGAAAUGACUCGAAUAAAACCUCAGCCAGAACCACCACCGAAUCCAGAAUUAUCACCGACGCCAGAACCACUACCGCAUCCAGAAUCACAACCACAGAAAGAAUUAACACCACAAAUAGAAUUACCAACACAGACAGAAUCAUCACCACAGAUAGAAUCACAGCAGGGACCAGAACCACAACCAGAACAAGACUCAGAAACACAGUUAAAAUCACAGGCAAAUAUAGAAUCACAAGAUAAUGAGAAUGUGAUACAACCUGCAUCUACACCAGAAAAAUCAUCGAUGAACCAUGAAACUAUAAAAAAAAUCACAGAAAAGGGACUUUUACAUGAUUUCUAUAAACUGCAUCUUUCAUCUUUUUAUAAAAACCUUACUUAUUAUGGACAGCGUUUAUAUGGAAGUACAUCAACUAGCUUAACAAAAGGUUAUUCUGCAUUUAAUGAGUUUGUUGAUUAUUUAAUCACUCAACCAAAUAAAGUAAAUGUUACAUUACCAUCAGUUGAUAAUAACAUUCAACCCAAAGACUCGGGAAGUGAUUCGACUCCCUCUGAUGAUACAUCAGAAACACUCUCCCUUUCAUCGACACAAGCUAGUGACAAAAAAGCUGAAGGUGGAAGGCAAGAAAAUAAACCUGGAGGUAAAGACCAAAUAAAUGAAACUGAAAGUGAAGGCAAAAUAAGUAAAGCUGAAGAAUCAAUACCAAGUUUAACUCCUAAAGAGUCCACAGAGGUUUUUAUCAAUAUAACAUCUGAUCAACAAAUUGAAAAACUUCCUUCUAAAAUCAAGGCAGAUAAAAUCAAGGUAGAAAAAGGCAUAUUUGAAAUAGGAUUUCCAGAAGGUGUAUUUAAAGGAUACAAAUUAGUUGCAUAUUCAGUUAUAAUUAUUGCUAUACCCAUUAUUUUAGCACUUAUGUAUAAGUAUUUUCCAUUUGGAUGUAGAAAGGAAUUGAAGAAAAAAAAAAACAUGAAAAAGGUUAUAAAUAUGUUUGGUGUAAAUGAAGCGACAAAAAGAGUUAUAAACACAACUGAUCGAAAAAAACAAGUGCAAAUAAUUAUAAAUUCAUCUACUCAAAAAAAACAGAAUAAAAAGUUUACAAAUUCAUCUACUCAAAAAAAGCAGGAUGAAAGACUUACAAAUUCAUCUACUCAAAAAAAGCAGGAUGAAAAGCUUACAAAUUUAUCUACUCAAAAAAAGCGGAAUAAAAAGCUUAAAAAUUCAUCUACCCAAAAAAAACAGGAUAAAAAGGUUACAAAUUCAUCUACUCAAAAAAAGAAGACUAAACAGUUUAUAAAUUCCAUUUAUUGGGAAAAAUAUCCAUUAUUAAAUAUACAUAAACUUAUGAAGACCGAUUCUGUACCAUUUGUUAUUUUAUUUUUGUUUAUUUUUUAUGUUUAUAAAAAAAAAGGCUAUUGUUUAGAAUAA